AUGUCGGACGACAAGAAGGCAUCAGAGGAGGUGUAUGGCAUCUCCUCUGCCGUUGAAGACCAUACUACAGAGGCUACCAGGCGUCACGGCGCAAAGACCAAGGAGGUCCUGAAUGCAGAUCUUUACGCUGCCAUUGAGGAGACUAAAAUUAAAAGAUGGAGCAAGGAAUCCCUUCAUUUGUACUACUGUAUCUUUGUCGCAUUCUGCUGUGCCUGUGCCAACGGUUAUGAUGGAUCUCUGAUGGGAUCUAUCCUCGCCAUGAACCAUUACCAAGAGGUCUUCAAAACCGGAAUGGAUGGCCCCAAGGUCUCCCUUGUUACUUCGCUCUACACAGUUGGCUCCAUUGUCUGUACUCCCAUCAGCGCUAUCCUUUCCGACAGGCUUGGUCGUCGCAAGUGUAUGUUUAUCGGUGGAUGGGUCAUUAUCAUUGGAUCUAUUAUUAUCUCUACUGGUAUGACACUGGCACAAUUCGUUGUCGGUCGAUUUGUCCUCGGUGUCGGCAUUCAAAUCAUGGUCGUCUCCGCUCCCGCCUAUGCCGUUGAAAUCGCCCCGCCUCACUGGCGUGGUCGUGCCGUUGGUUUCUACAACUGUGGUUGGUUCGGUGGCUCCAUCCCUGCCGCCGCCAUCACAUACGGUACCAACUUCAUCGACAGUCACUACCAGUGGCGCAUUCCCUUUAUCUGCCAGUGCUUCGCAGCCUGCAUUGUUAUCGUAUCUGUUUGGUUCAUUCCCGAGUCACCCCGUUGGCUCAUCGCCAACGGCCGAAACGCGGAGGCAGAAGCAUUCCUGGUCAAGUAUCACGGCAACGGCGACCCCAACGCUCGGUUGGUCCUUCUUGAGAUUGAGGAAAUGAGGGAAGGUAUUAGAAUUGACGGUAUUGACAAGAGAUGGUGGGAUUACCGACCAUUCAUCACAACCAAGAGUGGACGCUGGCGUUUUGCACAGGUGAUCAUGAUUUCUGUCUUUGGACAGUGGUCUGGAAAUGGUCUUGGUUACUUCAAUGCCACUAUUUUCAAGGUUAUUGGAUACGAGACCAGCUCUAUGCAAUUGUUGCUUAACCUUGUCAACUCUAUUGUCUCCGCUGUGGGUGCAUUGACCGCCGUGUACUUCUGUGACAAAAUGCGCCGUCGUCCUGUUCUUAUCUUCGGUACUCUUGCAUGCGCUGUCACCCUAGCUAUCAAUGCUGGUAUCCUACAAGAGGUCGCCAAUACUGGUAUCAUUAGCAAGACCAAGGGUCAGGCUGCUCUUGCUUUCUACUACCUUUUCAACGUGGUCUUCUCGUUCACCUACACUCCCCUCCAGGGUGUCAUUCCGGCCGAGGCGCUGGAGACAACCACUCGCGCCAAGGGUCUGGCUCUGUCAGGCUUCAUGGUCAGCAGCAUUAGUUUCAUCAGUCAGUUUGCUACGCCCAUUGGUCUGCAAAACAUUUCUACCAACUACUUCUGGAUCUUUGUCGGCUGGGAUGUUGUCGAGUCCGUCUUCUGGUACUUCUUCUGUGUCGAAUCCCAGGGCCGAACUCUGGAACAGUUGGAGUGGGUCUACCAACAGCCCAACCCUGUCAAGGCUUCCCUUAAUGUGCACAAGGUUCUUAUUCAAGAUGAUGGUACUGUCACCGAGAAGAUCACAGACGAUGCUUAA